ACAACCUCUUUAUGGAUAUUAGAUUAAAAGUAAUUAUUAUAAGCAUUAUUAUAAGCAAGGAGAGGUUUUUAUUUUGAAAGAAAUGACGUACCAGACCCGGAAGUCUGUGUCUCCGGCUUAAUCGACACGCUUUUCCUUUCACCACAGAAGCACAGUGAGUAAAGGCAGGCAGGGCACCAUGGCUGAGCAACUGAGUCCUGAUGAGAAGUUUAACCUCAUCACUCGAAACCUGCAGGAGGUUCUCGGGGAGGAGAAGCUGAAGACGGUUCUUCAGGAAAGAGAGCUAAAGAUGUAUUGGGGCACAGCAACCACAGGCAAGCCUCAUGUAGCCUACUUUGUCCCUAUGUCUAAGAUUGCGGACUUCCUGAAGGCUGGCUGUGAGGUGACCAUCCUUUUUGCUGACCUUCAUGCUUACUUGGACAACAUGAAAGCACCAUGGGAGCUGCUCGAGCUCCGGGUUCAGUACUAUGAGCAGGUCAUUAAGGCCAUGUUGGAGAGUAUUGGGGUCCCCCUGGAUAAGCUGAAGUUUAUCAAAGGCACAGAUUACCAGCUGAGCAGAGAGUACACACUGGAUGUGUACCGGCUCUCAUCCAUAGUGACUGAACACGAUGCAAAGAAGGCUGGUGCUGAAGUGGUGAAGCAGGUGGAUCAUCCUCUCCUGAGCGGCCUGCUCUAUCCUGGAUUACAGGCCCUAGAUGAGGAGUAUUUAAAGGUGGAUGCUCAGUUUGGGGGAGUGGAUCAGAGGAAGAUCUUCACUUUGGCUGAAAAGUACCUGCCCUCUUUAGGUUACGCUAAACGGAUUCACAUGAUGAACCCCAUGGUGCCUGGCCUAACUGGAGCCAAGAUGAGUUCUUCUGAAGAAGAAUCCAAGAUAGACCUGCUUGACAGGAAAGAGGAUGUAAAGAAGAAACUGAAGAAGGCCUUCUGCGAACCUGGAAAUAUCCAAAACAAUGGAGUUCUUUCCUUUGUCAAGCAUGUCCUCUUCCCACUGCAUUCUGAAUUUGUGAUUAAAAGAGAUCCUAAGUGGGGUGGAGACAAAGUUUACACAUGCUAUGAGGAAGUAGAGAAAAACUUUGCUGAGGAGCAAAUUCAUCCUGGUGAUUUAAAGGCGUCAGUUGAGGUGGCCCUAAAUAAACUUCUGGAUCCCAUCAGGAAAAAGUUUGAGACACCAGAGUUAAAGAAACUGACCAAUGCAGCCUAUCCCAGCAAAACCAAGGCUGCAGCAAAAGUGAACCCCAAAAAGGCAGAAGAGGAGGAUGAAAUCAUUCCAUCCAGACUGGAUCUCCGAGUGGGGAAAGUAGUUAGUGUAGAGAAGCACCCAGAUGCAGACAGCCUUUAUUUAGAGAAGAUUGAUGUUGGAGAAGAGCAGCCUCGGACUGUUGUGAGUGGACUGGUGGCCUACGUUUCCCAGGAUGAUCUACAGGACCGACUUGUGGUAAUGCUGUGCAAUUUGAAGCCUCAGAAGAUGCGGGGGAUCGAGUCUCAGGCGAUGCUGCUCUGUGCGUCACUUGAGGGUGAGCCCAAAAGAGUAGAGCCUUUAGAUCCGCCUGAAGGAUCAGCACCAGGAGAUCGUGUCUUCGUAGAUGGAUAUGCAUCAGGGACAGCGGAUGAUGAACUCAAGCCAAAGAAGAAGGUGUUUGAGAAGAUUCAGGUGGAUAUGAAGGUCUCAGAUGAGUGUAUAGCUCAGUGGAACAAGAAAGAUUUGAUGACCAAACUAGGAAAGAUCACCUGUAAAACAUUGAAGGGUGGCAGCAUUUGCUAACUAUUCUUUCGCCUUUCUUCAUAAUCUUCAACUCUUUCAUUUACUAUUAAUGCACAUCAUUCUGACCUUUAUCAUCACCGCUAAUGAUCUGGUAAAGGUACAUUUUUGUUCAUCCUUCACCUACUGUUUUGUCACUUGUUGCUAAAGCAAGCAAAAGCAUUUGAACAUAAUUCUAAAACUCUGUGCCACACAUCAUUUAUACUACUGUCCAUAAUAACGCAUGUUCGGUUUGGGUAAUCUGUGGAAUCAGUUAUUUCAUGGCAGAUCUUCUUAUAGUGACAUAAGAAGUCACCUCAUUUUACAUUAAUGAUAAAGGAAGGUAUGAGUGCCGGGAAGCAGAAUCAUUACAAUUCGUUAUAUCAAAUGAUAAUGUUAACCAAGCCCAUACUAAAUAAAUAUCUACUAUUAAGAAAUGCA